CAUCAAUACAUGAGCAGCAGCCACUACAUCCUGCCCCUGUCCGUCAGCAAUGUCGUCUGCAAGAGCCGCUGUUGAAAACUUGUCUUUCAGCGAAGAGAGGAAGGAAUUUAUCCUCAAUGUGCUGGAUCCUGUUCUGCAGAAGGUGGUUGCCGAGGUGAUUGCCAAGAAGCCAGAGCAGCCAACCGAGCAUCACCUCAAUAUAUGUGAUCUUGCUCGCACGUGCGCAACGCUGGACUUUAUGAUUGAUAUGUUGCGAAAGCUGUCUGGCGUACCUGAAACAGCACCGUCGACUCACUUGUCAUUGCAGCAGACCAACGAUGUGCUGAAAAAGAAACUGAUGCAAAUGCAGAGCUUCUUGCAAGACGCAGCAAGUCCAGGAGGGGCGAAACCAGCUGAUGAAGAGGCGGGGCCAACUGAAGCUGAAGCCGAAGCAAGGGAACCACCACAGGAGGACGACGAACAAGAAGAAGAAGAGGACGAUGAUGAGCCUGAUGAACCUCCCCCUCCUCCAGUCAACAUGUCCAGGCAGCGGGCCUCAGUCAGCGCUGAAGCCUAUGGUUCCUGGAAUCAGAAGAAGCCGUUUGAUCCUCCCAAGUACCCCAAGACCGAGGAACAAGCAGAGAGGUUGCGCAGCAUCCUGUCCAGGUCUUUCAUGUUUUCAGCGCUCUCCCCAAAGGACCAAGCUAUUGUGGUGCUGGCCAUGAAGGAGGCGAGCUUCCAACCCGGGGAGAGGAUCAUCCAAGAGGGCGAUGAUGGGGACUUUUUGUGCUUGAUCGAAGCAGGCAAUCCCGAGUGCAAGAAACUUAUUAAUGGCGAGGAGAAGGUUGUGAAGAAAUGUGCUCCAGGGGAUGUAUUUGGCGAGCUCGCAUUGCUAUACAACGCGAGGCGUGCUGCUAGCGUAGACGCCACUGACCAAUGUGUAGCUUGGCAACUGGAUCGAGAGACCUUCAAUUACAUUGUCAAGGAUGCGGCAUCCAAGCAGACUGGUCUGCACGUUCCAUUCCUGGAGAAGGUGGGCAUAUUCUCUUUGCUCGAUGACUAUGAGCGGUCGCAGCUGUCAGACGCAAUGAAGUCUGAAACUUAUGCGAAGGAUGAAUUUGUGAUCCGACAAGGAGAAGAAGGACACAGCUUCUAUGUGGUAGAAGAGGGAUCACUGAUGGUCCUGAAAGCAGAUGAUGGUUCAGAUCCAAAGGAGG